AUGUGUCGAUUUUGGACAUAUGAUGUUUUUUAUCAUCCAGCAAUCAUUCGAGGAAAAUAUGAAUAUCUAAUGAGAAUGGAUGAUGAUUCAUACUUUAUGGAUCAUAUUAAAAUGGAUAUUUUUAAUUAUACGUAUAAUGCAAAACUAGAUUAUAUUUAUCGAUGUGUAUAUUAUGAAUCGAUCGCCCCGAUGGUGUCUAUCGUACAUAGACUUCUCAACAAAACUAAUCUUCAAAAUGGUUGUAUUUAUAAUAAUUUCUUUGUUAUUCGUUUGAAAUGGUUUUAUGAAUCAAAACAAGUUCAAACUUUUGUUCGUGAAUUGAUUCGAGAUGAUUUCAUGCUUCGACAAUAUAUAGGUGAUGGAUGCGCUCAUGCGGCUAUGCUUGAAAUUGAUAAGCAAGUGAAAGCACAAUUUCUUACAAAUAUUUCAUAUGGUCAUAAUUUUCAUUUAAUGCCAUCCGGACAUGUGUUCUGGGCAUUUCGUGCAGAAACUAAAUUUUAUGAAGAGAUAAAAAAUGCAUGUCAUCAAUUAACAGUACUGAGGAGUUCUAAAGGCAUUUUGACACGAAUAAAUGUGACUGCGACGUGA